GCGCAGAAAAGCCCGUCGUCGCCGUGAAAAUUUUUGUGUUUCUGCUAGCGCGAUUACCGAGGAAAACUUCGUCAUCUAUCGAUUUCGUGGUCAUCGCCCACUGAUCACCGAGUGCAAGUGUCGUUGCUAGCGAUCGAUCGUAUCGACCGCAAAAGGGCAGCCGUCCCGGAACGAACCAGCAAAAAAGUGCCGUGCCGCUAGCAAAGCAGAAAGGUGGUUCCGCACAGCAGAGAACACUCUGGAGCAUCGUGCUUUGUCCAAGAAUUGGUCGUGCUCGAAACGCCAACCGGUGAACCGGGAGAAGGAGGAGCGUGGUGGCAAAACAGGCAACCCAUCCGUAGAGUUUUCAUCGGCAAGGAGCCAUUGGCAGCGGGUUUACGGUAGAAGGGUCUCCCGCAGAACGAAAUAGCGUAGCGAAGGCGCCAGGAAGCGAAAUAAUCCAACAAAUAUGGCUGCUCUGCCGCGUAGAAUAAUUAAAGAAACGCAACGUCUGAUGCAGGAGCCCGUGCCCGGUAUCAGCGCCAUACCAGACGAUCAGAAUGCACGCUAUUUUCACGUCAUCGUGUUCGGCCCCGAAGAUUCGCCGUUCGAGGGUGGCCUGUUUAAGCUCGAGCUGUUCCUCCCCGAGGACUACCCAAUGUCUGCACCGAAGGUGCGAUUCAUAACAAAGAUCUAUCAUCCAAACAUCGACCGUCUCGGGCGGAUCUGUUUGGACAUUUUAAAAGACAAAUGGAGCCCGGCGCUGCAAAUCCGCACGGUGCUGCUCUCGAUUCAGGCGCUGCUCAGCGCCCCCAACCCAGACGAUCCGUUGGCCAACGAUGUGGCGGAACUGUGGAAGGUGAACGAAGCCGAAGCAAUCAGAAAUGCGAAAGAGUGGACACAGCGGUACGCGAACGUCGACAAUUAAGAGGGCGGCGGAGCAUCGAUUCGUUUGUCCCCCCCAGUCCCCUCCGCUCUCCCCCCUGUUCCCCUCUAUCGAUUACUAUGAUUACUUUAAAAUGCCCGACAAGAACGUACGCCGUGCACGAUUAAACUACACGCCGUAGUAGCCGCAGCCGCAUUCACAGCAACAGCCGCCGCCGCCGCUGUCGAACCGUUUCUCAAAGUUCGUCGCAUAUCCUCCACCAACCUAAAGGCUUCAGAGAGAGAGAGAGAGAGAGAGAGAGCAGAACCGCAAACAUCAGCGCGAUCUAUUGUUUUUGUGCGUGUGUUAAGAGAGUGUAUAAUGAAAAGCUAGAAUCUUCAAACCUGCAGAAACUGUCGGCAUGUCCUAGGCACGAUGAAAGAUAAGAAAGGAUUCCCGUUUGAACGGGGCGGCGGUGACAUCGUACGGGAAGCCUGGGAGAACAUAUCUUCCGUUGCCGUCUAUCAUCCUAGCAGACCAUCGCUAAUGUACAACAAAGGAGGGCACGAGAGAGCUCAAUUUCAAGGAUUUCGUCAUCAUGAGACACACAGGAAUAACAAAGCUUGGCAUUCGCUGCUUGGAUGGUUUCGGAGCUUACUUAGCGGGGAUAUGGAACCAUCAUCAUCAGCGCAACUCAUGGAUGGUAGAGCGUAAGUCAUCCAAGUAACCGGUGCCGCUAAUGGGAUUGCGAAAUAUCGAAGAUUAAGAAUGAUCGGUGAAUGAUAUGAAAAUUCAGCUAAAGUUUUGUUUGUUUCAUUUGUCAUAAGCAAACGGUAUAGACAUUGGGAAUGAAGAAAAGGAGAGCUUUAAACUUACAAGAAUGAGUUCGGUUUUUUAGGCGUUCCGGUGUGUCUCCACUUUCAAAUGCGCCCAGCCGCUAGCCUUGUAAACUUUCUUUCGUUAAAUCAAAGUUUUAUUUCAUGCAUUUGUUGUUGUGACAGCAUAGGAAGUGAGCCGCCUGGGCUUGUGGCGGAUUUUUUUGGCAAAUCUCUAAGCCCUCUAUCAAAACGCGUGAAUAAGCACACGAAAAAACACUCACACGAUAUAAGUAGUAACAUUUGCUUAAGGAUUUUAUCCAAUUCUCUUGCAAAACAUGCCUAGUAUCCCAAACUCAAUUGGGGAACCGGAAGGGGUACGUCGUACACUUUUUCUUAGAUUAUUACAAAUGCGGAUCGAUUGGGAGGAUCUAUAGUUAUUCGAAAGGAGCGCGUAGGAAAUGAUGAAUGAAACUAGUAGCAACUUAGCGGCUCAGCGAUGGCAAACCGAGAGAAGACACGCGGUGGAUAAACAAGGGGCAACACAGCGAGCAAACACAGAAAGAGCGCGAGAGCACCGGGUUGUGGUCCGCGUACGCGAUAGAUUUAGGAAACAAAACAGAGAGAGAGAGAAGGAAACCCAAUCUCAAUCAGUACUACUGCUAUCCGUUUAAAUUAACAAUAAAAUCCCUAAUAUUCAAUUUGCAACAACUACAAACAACUCAAAUACGCAGCAACCGGCGCGAAACACAGUCACAAUACACACAAAAGAAGAAUUAUGAAAACAAAUGUACAUUAGUAUGGAAAAUGAAAAAUUAUGAAAGGAAAA